AUGAACCUCCUGUCUGCCUUCGCCGAUCCUCAGAGACAGGUCCCGGCGUCGGCAUUGGUGGCAGCAGUCUUGGUGUCGCCACCUCCGCUCAGGUUGGCCUCCGAAACUAUUGAAAACCUGAUCAUAAGAGAUAAUUCACCUGGCAUACCUGAGGCAAUUGAUAGACUCUUCAUGGACAUAGCAAAUAUCAACAGGGAGUCUAUGGCUGAAAUACAGGAUGCUCAGGUUGAAGAAAUGGCAGUAAACCUGUGGAACUGGGCAGUUACCAAGAGAGUAGGUUUGCUUAUAAGUGAAGAGCAGAAAGCUAAAUUAUGUCAUGUUGCUUGCAAGUUGGUGUGUAUGUGUGAAGGCUCAGUUGCUUCAGAAGAAGCUAUUCAAAGACAGAUUUUGAUGAAUGUGAAAACAGGAAAAGGGUGGGUGGAUGUUGGAAAUACUCUGCUUGCUGAUGAAUUUUUUCAAGCUGCCAUGGUGAGUCUGGAGGAAUUAUAUGUCAGAUUAAUGCAGAGGAGCUCCACUGAGGCCCACUUGACCAUGCAGAAGAUUGCUGUAGAGAAGGACCUCUUCAAAGUGCUUUCUUACCAAGCAGAGUCUGCAAUUGCUCAAGGGGAUUUUCAAAGAGCAUCUACAUGUGCACUGCGUUGUAAAGAUAUGCUAAUGAGGCUCCCCCAAAUGACAGGAUUUCUUCAUAUUCUCUGUUACAACUUUGGAGUAAAAACCUACAAUCAGAAUAACUAUGAAGAAAGUUCUUUCUGGCUUAGCCAAAGCUAUGAUAUUGGGAAGAUGGAUAAGAGUUCUGUUGGGCCAGAAAUGCUGGCUAAAGUUCUACGGUUACUAGCCACCACUUAUUUGGAUUGGGAUGACAGAGAAUGCUAUGAUAAGGCUCUUAGCACUAUAAACCUAGCAAACAAGGAACAUUUAAAUCCUGCUGGGCUUUUCUUAAAGAUGCAAAUCCUCUUGAAAAGUGAAACAGCUAAUGAAGAACUCCUCGAAGCUGUCAUGGAAAUACUGCAUCUUGAGAUGUCUUUAGAAUUCUGUCUGAACAUUGUUAAACUGCUGAUGGAUCACGAAAGAGAAUCUGUUGGGUUUUAUUUCCUGAAGAUUAUCUGUGAACAUUUUAAGUCAUCAGAAAAUAUUGGAAAAGCUCUACUGCUCCACAUUGACAUGCUUUUACAAAGGAAGGAAGACCUGCUUGCCAAGGAGAAGAUUGAAGAAAUCAUUUUAGGUCACCAAACAGGAAGACAACUGAGAACGGAAUUAGUAGGAUGGCUACAUGACAUUCUGUGGAAAAAAGCCACCAGAAGUUUUAAGGUACAGAAUUAUGCUGAUGCCCUACACUGGUACUGUUAUUCUCUGAGGUAUUAUUCAUUUGAUCAGACGGAUCUGGACUUGGCCAAGCUGCAGAGGAACAUAGCUUCCUGUUACCUGCAUUUGAAACAACUUGAUAAGGUCCUUUGA